AUGCUUUCUUUAAAGAUAUCCCACGUCUUCAUAUUUCUCGUAUAUAUCGUUUGCGCUGCGCAAUGCCUACACAUACACCGUCCUUACAGACACGAAAUUGAUCGUCGCGAUGCUACUACCACCUCGUUACAAAGCAUACCGAAUUCAACGCCGGACACAGAAGCUGCUGAACUGAUGGAGACCGUGACCUCCAUACAGGAAGGCUUAUCCGAUCUGCCGCAGGAUGUCUUUGAGUUCCUCAAGGCAAUCAACGACCGUCUGCAUGAGCAAGAAGCUUUACUAUCCAGUCUGCUGGCUGUCUUUACAUCUGCGUCGGGAGUAGCAUCGUCAACUGUGACUGUCGACAAUGCAACAUCUAGCAUCGUGCCUGUAUUCUGGAGUACAGCCACAGAAACCUCGAGCAACGUCGUCACCGAGCCAUCCGCAACUGCUUGCCGUCGUGGUGGAGCAGGUCCGCUUGUACCUUGCUCUUCUUUAUCAGACACAGCAUCUCCAUCCACUUCGACUCCGAGCUCGUCAUCUCCAAGAUCACGGGUCACUCGAACCUUGACUAGAACAACAUACCUUCCAGUGCCAGUCACCACAUUCAUUCAACCAGUACCUUUCUCAAACACGACUGAAGUUGACUCGCCAUCAUCAACACCUGUUCUACCAAUUCCAGCGAUAUACAGCUCAGACAUCGACAGCCCAAGCACCAACACGACAAUCACCUCAGCUGACUCACAAGCUCUAGCAACAUCAAACUCCAUCCCAAAACCCACAAGCACGUCCUAUACCUUCAAACCCACGCGCAAAAACAACGUUGCAGUCUACUACGGUCAAACUCCCACAACGCAAACGGGUGACCUUCUUGCCUUGUGUCAGAGUUCCAACGUCGAUAUCGUUGUGUUAGCUUUUGUGACUUCUUUCUUCACAAAUGGUGGUUUCCCAUCCGCAAGCUUCGGUCCUAGCUGUAAAGGCAGCACUCGCGCUCAACAGCUCCACGCUCCUGGGUUGCAAGAUUGCACAGAUCUCGCACCUGAAAUCACAGCUUGCCAACAACUAGGAAAACCAGUAUUAGUGUCGCUGGGAGGAUACUACUCCAACGUCACAUUCACCUCCGACACCGAAGCCAUCCAACUAGCUCAAAAUCUCUGGGAUCUAUUUGGUGCGGGCGAUGGGUUAGAUCCCUCUCUUCGCCCCUUCGGAUCCAUCGUCAUCGAUGGCUUCGACCUCGACAACGAGAGCAAAGAUUCAACCUCAUACACCACAUUCGCUCACGCCCUUCGCGCUCUAUUCAAUUCUGAUAGGAGUAAAGCUUACUACCUCUCCGCCGCACCACAAUGCCCACGCCCGGACACCUCCCUCCCCCUCUCCACCCUCGCCCUCUGCGAUUUCGUCUUUGUCCAAUUCUACAACAAUCCCUCCUGCGAUCUUUCCUCUUCCGGAUUCGCCUCUUCUUUCGCUGCAUGGAGUGACGAUUUGACCGCCGCAAACAAUGAGACUAGAUUGUUCAUCGGUGCUGCAGCUACAGAGGCGGCGGGGAGUGGAUAUGUGGAGGGUGCUGGGUUGGGCCAUCAGGUCAGUCUUGCCAGACAGCUUUAUGUGGGUAAUUUGGGGGGUGUCAUGUUGUGGGAUGGGAAAGAGGCGGCGGGGAAUGUGGAUGGUUAUGGCAAUGAUUAUUUAGUUUAUGCAAAGGGGAGUUUGCAGUGA